AUGGAGCGCCCGCGCCGGCGGCCGGAGCCAGCGGCGAUCGACAUCAGCUGGGUGUCGUGCCGCGGCGUCAGGUCGUCGCUCCCGUUCCACACGCCGUGCCUCUACGCGUCCGUCUCCGUCACCCCGUCGUCCGCCAAGAACGGGCACGCCAACCGCCGUCCCCACCGCGUGAAGACGCCCACCGACCGUGCCGGCGGCGAGAACCCCGAGUGGGACGCGCCCCUGCGGCUCUACCUCCCCGAGCCCGAGGCCUCGCCACCGCCGGCGAAGCUGGAACUGCAAGCGGGCAAGAACAGGAAGGACAGAGGCGACGACGACGUCCUCCUAGUGCGGUUCGAGCUCAAGGCGGAGGUGGCCGUGCUCGGGGACGUGCUCGCCGCGUCCGCCGCGGUGCCGGUCCCCGACCUCUUCGCCGACGGGCGGACGCGCCGCGUGUCCUACCAGCUGGCGGGCCCCGACGGCAGGCAGCCCAAUGGCGUCAUCUCCUUCUCCUACACCUUCCACCAACGGAACGACGACCACCACCAGAGCGGCGACGCCGAGCUCGUCGUCGCGUCCCCCUGCCCCACCCCCGCGGUGUCCAGUCCCGUCACGCAGCCACCGCCCACGACCGCGGCGCCGCGGCUGUACCCGGUGAUAGAGUGGCCGCUGACGGAGGAAAUACCAAUUUACCAUACACCGCUACCAGCUGGGCCUGUGGCGGUCACGCUCGCGAACUCGCGGUACUACCCUCCUCCUCCACUGUCCGCGACUCCAGUGGAGGUAGUGGAGCCGGUUGCGGUGUACCCGCCGGCGCCGGAGACGUCGUCCUGCAGCUUGUACCCGUCGGUACUGCCGGACAGCGCGAUGUACCCACCGGUAGACCUUGCUCCAGUGAGCUGCUAUCCGCCAGCGUCGCCGACACCAUACGGUGUGGAGCGAGGGUAUGGUGCAGCGCCAAGAUGGGAUCAUCGGUGUUUGUACGGCUGA